CAGCCUUCCCAUGGCGUCAUCACACAUGCGCCGAGGGGGGCUUUCGAAUGAAUGGCUGAGGCGCGUAAGCAGCACCGCACCUGUGGUUCAUGACGUGAAGUGUUUGCAGCCGAAUAGUUUGAAAUUUUGUAUUUAAUUGUAUUGAUUACAUUUUUCUCCAAUGGAGGAGGUGGACGUUGAACCGACAGUCACCAACAUUCCAGCCGCCAGUGCUGGGACGCACUUGGGAUUUGCGUGGGGACCUGGUGAUAUCCUUGUGUAUGAAACCCUUUACAAAGCAUCAGGUGCUGGGAGAUCAGGAUGCUCCUUCAUUCACGAGGUCAGGAAGGACGAGGACAUAUAUUCCCCCAUUUUGCGCAAACUCUUCAAUGAGUCACAUCACAUCUUUGUUGGCCUGCAGAGUAUUGGAGAGGACCUCCCCAGCAAGAACAAAAAAGCCCAAUAUGUCAGCAUCAGUAAAAACUAUAGAUCUGUGAUUCGAGCCUGUAUGGAGGAACUUGAGCAAGUUGCAGUUUCUACAAAAGUGGCCGAAGUGGCGAUGCAAUAUGGAAAUCAGGUGUCCAUUCUGUUGGCCAUAGAACUGAUCUGGAAUCUGUGUGAAGUGCUGUUCAUUGAUGCUGCUCCAGCGGGUUCCCUGCUGCUUCACCUCCUGGACUGGGUAAGGUUACACAAGGCCGAUGUGGACGAGAAGGCAAGAGAAGUGCUGCAAAGUGAGAGCCCUGCAGAGCACCGUGACUACUGGGAUGUGGUGGUGAGUUACGUACUGCAGGGCAGGUUGGAGGAAGCCAGACAGAUGCUGGUGAAGCAGGCCACCCUGCAGCCUGCUGCCAGGAACAUGUACAAGCUGAUGGACACCCUGCUCAGCAAGAUGCCCUUCUACAAUCCUGGUGGCACCCAGACGCUGACAGAGUUCGACGUGAAGUGGAGACACUGGCAUGAGGAGGUCGACCGCUGCCUGCAGGACAACUCGUUUUCCAGCAACAAACACCUGGAGCUCAUCUGCAAGAUCCUAGUGGGGGAUGAGGACACUUUGCUGGAACACAAGGAACUGCUGAGCACCUGGUACCACUUCCUGGUCACUAGACUGCUCUUCUGCCACCCUACAGUCAAACCCACUGAGUUGCACUACUAUGCACAGUCAUGUAUGACCAUGUUCCUGGACUCGAGGAGUGUCCCAGAGCCCCUGGACAGCAUCUUACUGGCUGCCUUUGAGUUUGACAUCCAUCAGGUCAUCAAGGACUGCAGCAUUGCCCUCAACAACUGGUGGUUUGUGGCCCAUUUGACUGAUCUGUUGGAUCACUGCAAACUCCUCCAGUCUCACAAUCUACACUUUGGCUCAAACUUGAGAGAGUUUCUCCUGUUAGAAUAUGCUUCUGGUCUCUUCACUCAUCACAGUCUGUGGCAGCUGGCCGUGGAUUACUUUGACCACUGCCCAGAGUUCGGCCGGGUCUACCUGGAGCUGCAGAUUGAGCGCGUUCCUUUAGACACGGAGCGCAAAGCACUCAAGGUGCUCAGGAUCUGUGAACAGAGGCAAAUGUCAGAGCAAGUGCGGAGUAUCUGUAAGAUCAUGGCUAUGCGGGCCCUGAGAAACAACAGACUGGGCUCGGCUCUCUCCUGGAGCAUCAGGGCCAAAGAUGCUGCCUUUGCCACCCUCAUUUCAGAGAAGUUCCUACAGGAUUACUGCGUCAGAGGGACCUUCUCUGAUUUGGACCUGAUAGACAACUUGGGUCCAGCCAUGCUGCUCAGCGACAGGCUCACUUUUCUCGGGAAAUAUCGGGAGUUCCAUAAGCUUUACGGAGAGAAGCGCUUCAGCGAGGCUGCUAAGCUGCUCCUCUCCCUCAUGACGGCCAAAAUUGCGCCCCGGAGCUUCUGGAUGACCCUGCUGACUGACGCCCUGCCGCUGCUGGAGCAGAAAGAGGUGAUUUUCUCGGCAGACCAAACCCAUGAGCUGAUGUUCUGUUUAGAGGAGCUCACCUCCUCGCUGAACACCACAGCUGCCAGCACAGACAGGCCCAUGCAGGAUGAAGACAUGGAGUUGACCAAAGUGGAGCUCCUGAGACUCGCUCUGGCCAGGAAUCUGGCUAUGGCUAUAGUCAAAGAGGGAACUGUGGAAGCAUGAAUGGCGGCUUUGAAAAACUUUAAAAAGUCUUUUGCAUUUUGUACUGUACAUAAAGUUUGAGUGAUUAGAAUUUGCUCUUUAAUAAUAAAACAUUUUUCAUGAUGUUCGUUUUCAAAAU